CUGUAGUAUUUAUUUUUCUCUGUAGCGUCUUCUGCAGCUCAUUAUUUUUUAUUUAUUUUUUUGCAUUUUUAAAUCACUUGUUUUUUUUCCCCCUUUAUUUCUUCCAGCAUUUUCUCUGUUGCAUUUUUAGGAGUGCUUUUAUCCUCUGUUGCAUUUGUCUAGAAUAUUUAAUUUUUUUAUUUUUUUUUGCACUUUUAAAGCACCCGUUUUUCUCUAUUGCACUUCUGUAACAUUUAUUUUUCUCCGUUUUUUUUUAUGUUUUUAGCAAUACAUUUUCCUGGGUUGCAUUUCUAGAGCACUUUUUUUUUUUUUCUCAAUUGCAUUUUUUAAAUCGCCCGUUUUUCUCUUCUUUUUUUUUUUUUUUGUGUUUUCUUUUCUUUUUUACUUCUGUCACCCAUUCUCACCCCUUGACACCGUGUCUGUUAUUCUAGGAGUCUCCCCUUUGUCAGCAUUUUAUAAAGUAAAUUUUUUUCCUAGGUUGCAUUUCUAUAGUAUUUUUCUCUGUUGCAUUUUUUUUUUUUGAAAGCAUCAAUUCUUAAAAGCUCUUUGAUUAAAAAAAAAAAAAAAAAAGCAUCAAUUCUUCCUCUGCACAUUUUUAAAGCAGCCAUUUUUCUCUGAUAUUUUUGCUCACCUUGUGAUCGGAUAGUAGAGGCGGAUUUUUUUUUCCGGUGCUUUAUCCGUUCUGGGGAGUCUUACCUUCUCAGCGUUGUCAGCGUUUGUAUAGUCGUAAUGUCGGCCCCUGAGGUCUUCCCUCCGCCCCCGGAGGUCUCCGCAGCGGCUCACAUCCCGUCUUUUAAGAAGUACCAGGAGAUGUAUGAGAGGUCGGUGCAGGAACCCAAUGCAUUCUGGGGUGAAAUUGCAAAUUCUUUCUACUGGCGGGUGCCGCCUUCCCAGCCGUUGCUCAGAUACAAUUUCGAUAUCACUAAAGGGAAGAUCUUCGUGGAGUGGAUGAAAGGCGGCGUCACCAACAUAUGCUACAAUGUGCUGGACAGGAAUGUGCAGGAGAAGAACCUGGGGGACAAAGUGGCCUUUUACUGGGAAGGUAAUGAGCCGGAGGAUGCUACGUCCAUCACAUAUGCAGAGCUCCUGAAGAAGGUGUGCCAGUUCGCCAAUGUUCUACGUGACCAAGGUGUUAAAAAAGGAGAUCGUAUAUCAAUUUACAUGCCCAUGGUGAUCGAGUUGGUGGUGGCAAUGCUGGCAUGUGCUCGAAUCGGGGCUAUUCACUCCAUAGUUUUUGCCGGAUUUUCAGCUGAGUCUCUAUGCGAGAGGAUCCUGGACAGUCACUGUUCGGUUCUAAUAACUGCAGAUGGAUUCUUCCGUGGAGAUAAAUUAAUUAACCUGAAGGUGAUCGCAGAUGAAGCACUAAAAAAAUGCGCAGAAAAGAAUUACCCUCUGAAAAAGUGCAUUGUACUCAAACAUCUGGGCAGAGAUGACGUUUUUUGUGAUGGGACAAGCAAUGCAUCACCACCAUGCAAGAGACCCUGCCCGAAUAUGCAGGAAAACAAGCAAGAGAAACAAAAAAGAUCUCAUCCCCAGACCCCGUGGAAUCCAUCGGUGGACCUGUGGUGGCACGACUUGAUGAAAAAUGCCAGUUUGGAGUGUGAGCCAGAGUGGUGUGAUGCCGAGGAUCAGCUAUUUAUUCUGUACACCAGCGGAUCCACCGGGAAGCCCAAGGGAGUAGUGCACACUGUUGGCGGUUACAUGAUCUUCACUGCCACCACCUUCAAGUAUGUGUUUGAUUAUCACCAAGGGGACAUAUAUUGGUGCACAGCUGACAUUGGAUGGAUCACUGGACACUCCUACCUCACCUACGGACCACUAGCCAAUGGGGCAACCAGCGUUUUGUUUGAAGGCCUCCCUAUAUACCCAGACAUCUCCCGGAUGUGGCAGAUCAUCGAUAAGUACAGCGUGAGCAAAUUCUACACCGCGCCAACCGCAAUCCGGCUGCUAAUGAAAUUUGGAGAGGAGCCAGUCAAACGGUAUAGCAGGAAGUCUCUAAAGAUUUUAGGAACAGUUGGGGAGCCAAUUAACCCUGAAGCAUGGCUGUGGUAUUACAACGUCGUUGGAGACCAGAGGUGUCCGAUUGUGGACACGUUUUGGCAGACGGAGACGGGAGGUCACGUGUUAACGCCACUUCCGGGGGCCACAGCAGCAAAGCCCGGAUCAGCUACGUUCCCUUUUUUUGGCGUUGUUCCUGCGAUCUUGGACGAGGCCGGCGAGGAGCUUGAAGGAGAAGCUGAAGGUUAUCUGGUAUUUAAACAGCCCUGGCCUGCACUAAUGCGCACAGUAUAUGGGAACCAUGAAAGAUUUGAGACCACCUACUUCAAAAAGUUCCCAGGAUAUUAUGUGACCGGCGAUGGCUGCAAAAGAGACAAAGAUGGCUACUAUUGGAUUACCGGGCGGAUUGAUGACAUGCUUAAUGUUUCCGGUCACUUGCUGAGCACGGCGGAGGUGGAAUCUGCUCUUGUUGAACACUCUUCUGUAGCCGAGGCUGCCGCAGUGAGCCAUCCACAUCCGGUGAAGGGGGAAUGUCUCUACUGUUUUGUCACUCUACGGGAUGGACACGAGUUCAACAAAACAUUGAUCGAUCAGUUAAAGAAACUAGUAAGAGAAAAGAUUGGACCAAUUGCCACUCCAGAUUAUAUACAGAAUGCACCUGGAUUGCCCAAGACACGCUCAGGUAAAAUAAUGAGACGAGUGUUACGUAAAAUUGCCAAAGACGACCAUGACCUGGGAGACAUUUCUACUCUCGCAGACACCACGGUCAUCCAGCAGCUCUUCAGCGAUCGAUGUAAGACUGUUCUCUAGGACACAGAACGACAGAGUUCACCUAGACAGGAAUGUUAACUGUGAAUCCAAGAGUCGAGUUAACGCACUUCGGAUACUGCAGCCAUAUAAUUCUGUGUAUAUUUUGUGAGAAUUGCGUUUGUUGAAUAUUGUGACUAUUUGAGCAACUGUUUCAUAUCUCAUGUAAGUCAAAUUGUGGUGUCGGUUUCAGGAGCUGAUUUGGGAAUCUGAUGAAUGUCUUGAGCUGUCAGGUCUUUAUUGCUGUUUGUGACCCCAGUUGGGACAUUUUACCUUACUUCCUGUUCCCGGGACAGGAGGAAACAGACAGCGAUAAAAACGUUGUCAGACACUCUAAUCCAGGGAUCUUCAAACUACGGCCCUUCAGCUGUUGCAGAACUAUACAUGCUAUGAGGCAUUGUAAGACAUGACUA